CAACCACAUGAAGAUUAAGAAACACGUGGAAAGAUGCAUGCAUGGAAAAGAAGAACAAAAGUGGCUGAAACCAUCACAAGGAGCAGGUUGCUUCCUCACAACACACACACACACGCGCGCGCACACACACUUUUCAAAAGCAUGUGGAUUUUUUGUGAUUGGUCCGUCCUUUGAACACAACCCCCCCCCCUCCCUCCGCGGCCUUAAUUCCCAGUUUUGGUGCGUUCGGGCGGACUCCCUCGCUCGCACCCGUGCACGGCCGCCCGGGCUUGGGGAGGCCGUUGAAAAUGUUGACGAUGACGAUGAUGCUCCAGAGCUCCACGCCUUUCUCCGUCAAAGACAUCUUGAGAUCGGGACGGGACUACCCCCCCGUCCACACGGCCCACAGCGUCCCGCCGCCCUCCGGCGCGCUGGCCCGGGACAGCGCCCCGGCGCCACCGAUGCCUUUCUUGGACCCUGAGCUCACGCGGCUCGUCGGAGACCCGGAGGAGGACGAGGAGCAGGAGGAGGAAGACGGCGAGGCGGGAAGCGGACUGACCCCGGACGGCUACCCCGGGACGCACCGGGGGGGACGGCUGGGGACCCCCCAAGACAUGGACCAGCAGAAGAGCAGCAAGCAUGCGGAGACUGCGUCGUCCCGGGUCGAAGCUUCCUCGGACGGGGUCCAGCCGAGGCCGCGCAGCCGCCGCCGCCGGCCGCGGGUGCUCUUCUCGCAGGCGCAGGUGCUGGAGCUGGAGCGCCGCUUCAAGCAGCAGCGCUACCUGUCGGCGCCCGAGCGGGAGCACCUGUCGGCGGCGCUCGAGCUCACCUCCAACCAGGUCAAGAUCUGGUUCCAGAACCGCCGCUACAAAUGCAAACGUCAGGGGCAAACCAGGACCGUGGAAGCGGGAGGCCUGCCCCACGCAACUCCGCCGCCGAGGCGCGUGGCCGUGCCCGUGCUCGUCCGAGACGGGAAGCCGUGCCACGGCAGCGGGGGCUCAACUCCGGGCUAUCCGAGCGCCGCUGCGCCGUACGGUUACGCGGGGGGCUACCCGGCCUACACGUACGGAGGCCCCGCGUACCACCAGAGUAACUCCAGCUGCGCAUACGGCGGCCCGGGGGCGGGGCCGAGGCCGGGGCUGGGGCUGGCCUCCUCGGCGCCCGGGCUGGCCUCCUCGGCGCCGGGGCUGGCCUCCUCGGCGCCGGGGCUGGCCUCCUUCGCAGGCUGCCCCAACGCCUUCGUCAGCUUAGGCGGCCUGCAGGGGCUCUCGUUGCCGGCCCACAACAGCCAGAGGGGCACCCGGGCUUGGUAA